AUGCUAAGAAGAAGACGUGUUUCUAUUUCUACUAUUAUUCCCAGCAACAACAAGUUUUUUCAUCCUCCUCCUGCUCCUUAUGUUUCUUUGAAAUCAUACCCCGACGACAAGAAGAUGAAGAAGAAGAUGAAGCCGCUACACACUCCUCGUUUCCGUGAAGGUGACGAUGGUAUCAUGGCUUCAGUGAAAGCUGUUAAUUUAGCUACUAAUCGUUUUAAUAGCAUGCUAGGUUACUAUCCCAUAUCCGAUUUCAACUCCCUAUUUUAUUCUCUCCCGGACAUCCAUCAACACAGAACCAUUCUUAAACUUGCUAAAAAAUUUGAAUCUCAACCCCCUGACAGUCAUUAUGUUGUACCAGAUAUUGAUACUUGCUUAAUUCUCUUCACAUGUCAUGCUAGAUCAGGUAACUUCUCUUCGGCUUUCUUUCUUUUCCGUGAAAUCAUCGAAACUGACCAUCGUCCCUCUACUUCCAUUUUGAAUGAUCUUUUCCGAUCUCUUUGUAUCCGAGGCCACAUUUACAAUUACAUAACAUUAAAGAGCGGUUUUCAGUUGAACGAUAUUACCUAUUAUCUUCUAGUCAAUGGCUUAUGUCGUAUUGGAGAAGCUCAAAGAGCCAUACACUUGUUCAGACAGGUUAAGAUCAACAUUAACUGCAAUACUAUUGCUCUCACAGACUUCUAUAACUCAAUCAUACUCACCCUCUGCAAAGAUAGACUAGUAAAUCAAGCCUAUGACUUCUAUUCUGAAAUGAUUGUUAAGAACAUACCCCGUUGUUGUCUCACAUAUCAUUAUCUAAUCAAUGGCUAUUGCAUCAUCGGUGAAUUUAAACAAGCGAUUGCCUUGCUUAGAGAAUUGGAUGCAUCACCAAACAAAAUAUUUCCAUCUGCUAUUGUUGUCCCUACUUUAGUUACUGAAGGAGAGGUUAAAGAUGCUAAAACUGUAGUGGCUGUGAUGGUAAAAUGCGGUGUCAAACCUAAUGUUGCCAGUUAUCACUCAGUGAUUGAUCAACUAUACAGAGGUGAUGGAAAAGUUAAUAAGAUUGCACAAAUGCUCCCAACUUUGCUACUUGACAGACCUUCCCUCCAGUGGCGGAGCUAG